AUAAGCAAUCUGUUUUUGUGGGCAGUCGUAUGUUAAUCUUCUGUGUGUCGUAGUCGGUGUUGUUUUUCUGAAUUUGUGUUGGAAUUAAUUGUAAAGAUAUUUUUAUUUUAUUCUUUGUUUAAUAAUACUUGUUUUGUGUUGUCUCAUAUCAACUUAUAAAUAUUUAAAUUAAACUAGAAUAGUUUUCAAAAAUAAUUUUACAUGAAUACAAUAAUAUUGUGGACGCGUCUGUUUAAAUUAAUUUAAACUAUAUGUCUGAAUGUCUUAAAGUUUAAAGUGAAAAUGUCUUUUAUGAUGAUUGAUCGAUUACCUGUUCCAAAAUUGUCAACGUAUGUUUCGGCUACAGUCGUAUCCCUAUCAGCAGCUACAUAUUAUUCAGUUAAAUAUAGCUCUAAUGCGACACAUGAUACUGAUAUCUCAUUAAAAUCAGUUGAAAACACCUCAUCUACUGAUCCAAUAGAUAAAUAUUAUGAACAAAUGCUAAAUGUCUUAGCAUUUAUGUUACAAGACCCUUUGUGCUUUUUAGUUUUAUGUAAUGGUGCUUUAUGUAGCAUCGUAAUGAUUGGUGCAGUUGUACAGUCACUAGUUCUCGGUAAUUUAAGACCCGUAGAACAUGUCCAAUUUCGUGAACGUUUAUGGAAUUGGGUUAUCUACAAGUUCAUAUUUAUGUUCAUUAUUUUAAAAGCAUACACAUUAGACAAAGUAGCCCUAUGGUUAUUUUGGUAUUCCACUCUCGGUUUUCUACAUCUAAUGACUAGUUUGUGUAAAGAUCGAUUUGAAUAUAUGUGGAUGUCCAUGGGAACCGGUACUAGAGUUAACUGGAAGUACAUACAUAUGUCAAUACUAUUAAGUAUUGGUUUUAUAUUUUCAAUAUUAUUAUUAAUUUUUGCCUAUCUCGUCGGUCUUACACUUUCAAAGCACAUAUUUGCUUUUAUGGUGAUUGAGUGUUUAAUGUUGGCUGGAAGCAUAUUUCAUAUUUUCCUUAGACAUUAUAUUCAACUCUUUCAUCGUAAUUCAAUGAAUCACACUACAAAUCCAGGGAAAUUAAUUUACUACACUGAAUUGAGUCUAGAUCUUGGGAUUCGCAUGAUGGAAAUUCUUCAUUAUUCUCAUGCAAUAAUUUGGACCAAUUCUUACCUUACUAUGGCUGGUUUUGUAAUAUUCAUGCAUAUGAGACAGUUAAUUAGUGAUAUACAAAAAAGACUUCAAAAACAUAAAAACUAUUUAUGGGUCUAUGCACAUUUGGAGAAAAAUUACGCUAUGGCUACUUUACAAGAAUUAGAAACUAACUCUGAUAAUUGUGCAAUAUGCUGGGAAAAAAUGGAUUCUGCUAGAAAAUUACCAUGUGGUCAUUUGUUUCACAAUGGGUGUUUACAAUCCUGGAUGGAGCAAGAACCAUCUUGUCCUACAUGUCGCCUUUCAUUAACCUUAGGUCAAGAUCAAAAUAUUGGAGUUUCUAAUUUAGCUAAUAAUGUUAAUCAAAACACAUUGGGUAUACAUACUCAUUCCCCUCAUCACUUUUUUCAUUUUGAUGGAUCUAGAUAUUUAUCUUGGUUACCAAGUUUUUCAGUUGAAGUUACUCAUUCAUUAAGACCGUCUUCACAAAACAUACAAUCUUCACAAAUUGACACAAUGGCAAGACAAGUACUUCAAUUAUUCCCAUAUUACACUAUGCAAAUGAUAGUUGAAGACUUGCUGGUUACACGAUCUGUUGAUCUUACUAUUGAUAAUAUUCUUGAAGGUCGUCUUAUUUCACCUCAACAAUUUAUUGAAGAAGAAUCUAUGAUUGAGAUACCUCAGCCAAUCAGUACAGUUAAGCAAUAUAUAAAUAUUUCUCCCGGUACAAAUUUUAAUUCAAAUAUGAAUGAGCCUGGAAUAGAUGAUCUUGUGAGUUUGGGGAGUCAAUUUUCUAAAUCACCUGAUGAAAGAGAACAUAUGCUAAGAGCUCGAAAACAAGCUAUGAUUUUACGAGCUAGGCAAAAGUAUAUGAACAAAGAGGAGGGAUGUUCCCAAAGACUAGACUAAUAAAUGGAUUCAUUUUUAUGGAUAUUUAAAGACUGUGAUUAUAUUAUAUUAUAUUCACCUUAAGAUAUUAAUUUAUAAGUGAAAUGAGAUAACUAUUUUAUAUAUUGUUUAUAUGAUUAACUAAUAUACAUCUUAAUAUUGAAAAUUAUCUGAAUUAUGGAUAUUAGUUCCUGUACAGGUUAAUUAGUUUUAUUUUAAGUAACUUAUUAACAUCUUAUGUAAAGAAAUUACCUAUUAAAUGCUGUGGCCAAGUUAAGGCUUAUGUUUUAUAAAUUUAGUUAUGUUAAAAUUAAUUAUUAAUUUAGUUACAAAUAUAUAAUAUAAAAAAAACUAUUAAUAUCUAUUUACUAUUGUGUAAAAUAACAUAUAAUAUCAUAAAACUUAAUAAAUAACUAAAGAAUUGAGUAUAUAAUAAAAUUUUUUUUUUGGUAAUUGAUUUUAUUAUAUGAGUUUAAGUUAAAUAUAUAUCAAUACAAUAUGCAUUUUAUAAAAAAUAGACAUAUUAAAACUAUGCAAUUUUAUAUAUAUAUAUAUUAAUGGAAUAAUUUAAUGUAAAUAUUAUUAAUAAAAAUAAGUUUUGUUUUGAAGUUUUAAAGUAUACAUUUUAUGGAUUUAUCUACUUAUACAGUAUAAUAUUUUAAAUGAGAUGUAAGAUGAAAUUUAUUUUAAAAGACUCGUUUUAAUUGAUAACUAGAGCAAUUAGUGGUAUUGAAUUUAAAAAUGGUGAAAAUGUAUUUUUUAUUAUUAAUAAAAUUAUUUUAUGAUAAAAUUGGUCCAUUGUGAUAUAAAUAUUGUAUUAUUUUAAAUUAAAUCAAACUAAACUAACCUUAAUAAAUUUUAAUAAGUUUAAAAUAUUUUUUAA